AUGAGGAAAAUAGUCUUUCUCAUCACUUUAUGCAACCUUGCCCUUCUCAUCGAUUUACUACUACUAUCAAAGAUUGUAAUAGCAGAACCAAGGGCCAAGACAAUCCUGGUAACAUGUGGCCAUGAACCAGAGCACAAUACUACUAUCUUUGUUCCGAACUUUGUUGCAACUAUGGAGAAGAUCAGUGAUAAGAUGCGCAAAACUGGCUUUGGCACAGCAGUUGUAGGGACAGGACCUGAUACUAACUAUGGCCUGGCCCAGUGUUAUGGAGAUCUUUCAUUGCUUGACUGUGUAUUGUGCUAUGCUGAAGCACGCACGGUUCUUCCCCAGUGCUACCCUUAUAAUUCUGGUCGCAUUUUCCUUGAUGGUUGCUUCAUGAGGGCUGAGAAUUAUAGUUUCUUUAAUGAGUAUACAGGACCAGGAGACAAAGCUGUAUGUGGGAAUACAACCAAGAAGACUUCAAGUUUUCAAGCAGCAGCAAAGCAAGCCGUUUUAAGAGCAGUUCAAGAUGCACACAACAACAAAGGAUAUACAAGUGGGAAUGUAGCUGUGGCAGGAGCAACUGACCAAUAUGUCUAUGUUCUGGCUGAUUGUUGGAGGACUUUGGACGAAAGGUCUUGCAAAGCAUGUCUUGAGAAUGCAUCUUCUUCCAUUUUGGGAUGCUUACCCUGGUCCGAAGGGCGAGCCCUCAACACCGGCUGCUUCAUGAGGUACUCAGACACAAAUUUUCUUAACAAGGAGCAGGAAAAUGGGAGUUCAAGAGGUAAUGUGGUAGUAAUAGUGGUUGCAGUAAUUAGUUCGGUGAUUGUUUUGGUGGUUGGGGUAACUAUUGGAGUUUAUAUAUGGAAACAAAGAUACAUUCAGAAGAAACGAAGAGGUUCAAAUGAUGCAGAAAAGUUAGCAAAAUCACUUCAAAACAAUAGCUUGAACUUCAAGUACUCUACAUUGGACAAGGCCACUGGAUCUUUUCAUGAAAAUAACAAGUUAGGGCAAGGAGGAUUUGGAACAGUUUAUAAAGGAGUUCUAGCUGAUGGAAGAGAGAUUGCUAUCAAGAGGUUAUAUUUCAACAACAGACAUAGAGCAGCAGAUUUCUACAACGAAGUCAACAUAAUUAGUAGUGUGGAGCACAAGAAUCUGGUCAGACUGUUGGGAUGCAGUUGUUCAGGACCUGAAAGUCUGCUGGUAUAUGAAUUUCUGCCCAAUAAAAGUCUUGAUCGCUUCAUUUUUGAUAAAAACAAGGGCAAAGAAUUGAACUGGGAAAAGAGAUUUGAAAUUAUCAUCGGGACAACCGAAGGACUAGUUUAUCUGCACGAGAACUCUAAAACAAGGAUAAUUCACAGAGAUAUAAAAGCCAGCAACAUCCUAUUGGAUGCAAAGCUUCGUGCUAAAAUUGCAGAUUUUGGUUUGGCCAGGUCCUUUCAAGAGGACAAGAGCCACAUAAGUACAGCUAUUGCAGGAACAUUGGGGUAUAUGGCUCCUGAGUACCUAGCUCAUGGUCAAUUAACAGAAAAGGCAGACGUAUAUAGUUUUGGAGUAUUGCUGCUAGAGAUGGUCACCGGUAGACAGAACAACAGGAGCAAAGCAUUAGAUUAUUCAGACAGCUUAGUUACAGUGGUAUGGAAACAUUUUCAGGCAGGGACUGCUGAACAAUUAUUUGAUCCAAAUCUGGAGUUACAGGAAGACCACAACAGCAACGUUAAGGAUGAGAUUUUGAGAGUGGUUAACAUAGGACUUCUAUGCACCCAAGAGGUCCCUUCUUUACGACCAAUCAUGUCGAAGACAUUACAGAUGCUAACAAAGAAGGAGGAGACUCUUAUUGCUCCCUCUAAUCCACCCUUCCUAGAUGAGAAUACCAUGGAACUUCAUGACACAAGUGGUGACCCAUUUUAUCCACUUAAUGCAUCUGAUUCAAUUGCUACUAUGUCCCAUAGCUCUUUUUAUCCCAGGUGA